AUGACUCUGAGACAAAGUCAACUUGAUUUGCCGAGCUACUUUACGAAGAAGAAGAUUCUGUGGGAACAACUAGCCAACAACAAGUCUAGAAAUGUGAAGAAGUGCGAAUGUGAUCAUGUCAAUGAGUUGCUUGAAGAAGCUGAUAUGAGUCGUGUUAUACAGUUCCUCAUGGGGUUGAAUGAUGAAUUCAAUAGUGUCAAAAGUCCGAUACUGAACAUGAAGCCUAGGCCAGGAUUGAAUGAGAUCUAUAACAUGUUGGAUCAAGAUGAGAGUCAAAGACUGGUAGGAGUUUCUUCUAGGCCAAAGCCGCCUCCUAUUGCUUUCCAGUCUCAAGUUGUGAUUCCGGAUCAAAACUCAAUUCUGAUGGCUCAAGGAAACUUUCAAAAGCCUAAAUGUUCUCAUUGUUCUCGAGUUGGUCACACUGCGAACAAGUGUUACAAGAUCCACAGAUAUCCGCCAGGUCAUCCAAUAGCUAAGAAGAACAAUUAUGUUGGAAGUACAAACUUGGCAAGUACUGGUCAGAUCGAGGAUCAAAAGGAUCAAGUGGGGACAGAGGUGCAUGGAGAAAUGUCAAAUGAUCAGCUCCAACAGAUGAUUUCUUAUCUCAGUGCCAAGCUUCAAUCUCCUAGUAUCACUUCAUGCCCUGACAAAGCUAUAGCCUCGACUUCGAACUUUGUACCUUCUAUCUCACAGAUAUCUAGUACUUUCCUUUCUUUAUAUGAUUUUACUUUCUAUGACAUGUUGACAUCUUCUAUACCUCAUGAAACUGAGUUUUCUUUUAGAGCUUGGGUCAUAGAUUCAGGAGCUAGUCAUCAUGUUACUCAUGAAAGAAAUCUUUAUAUAGAGUACCAAGCCUUAGAUAGAACAUUUGUUAGAUUGCCAAAUGGUCAAACAGUUAAAAUAGAGGGAACUGGUUAUAUUCAACUUACUGAUGCUUUGUCACUUUAUAAUGUGUUACAUAUUCCUGAAUUUAAAUUUAACUUGCUAAUUGUUAGUGUUAUCACUAAAUCUUUGAAGUUUAAAGUGAGUUUUACUUCUGAUGAAUGUAUGAUACAUGCUCUUACUCAGGACCUAAUGAUUGGGAAUGGUAGUAAAGUCGCAAAUUUAUAUGUCUUGAACUUGGAUAAGUCUCUUGUUAAUGUGUUUUGCUCUGCUUUUCCUGGUAAGCCUGUCUGUUCUACUUCAAAAGAUCCUUCUGAAAUGUGGCACAAAAGUACUUCUUCUAAGUCUAGAAACAAGUUUGGACCUAGGGCUAGAGCUUGUAUAUUCUUAGGCUAUCCAUCAGGUUACAAAGAUGAUGCAAAGACUUUCUUUCCUCAUAUUUCUCUCCCUACACAAAUCAAUGAUGAACAUUUGCCUUUAGUGCAAUCAUCUUCUGAUGCUUCUCAUACCACUGAUGAGACAUCCUCCAUGCCUUUCUGUGCUUUUAUUAAUGCCAUUGCAAAGUCGAAAAUUCCUAAAAACUAUUCAGAGGCUCGGUUGGACAAGGUAUGGGUUGAUGCUGUGGGAAAGGAGAUUAGGGCUUUUAUAAGGACUCAGACGUGGAGUGUUGGUGAUUUGCCUCUGGAUGGAAGUAUUGAACGAUACAAGGCUCGCUUGGUGGCAAAGGGGUAUACUCAACGAGAGGGAAUUGACUUUGUUGAAACUUUUUCACCCGUUGUGAAGAUGGCAACAGAUCAACCAUCUCUCCUACUGUCCAUAUAUGGCCUCAAACAAGCAUCUCGACAGUGGUUUCUUAAGUUCAAGACUACUCUGAAAGGUCUUGGUUUCGAGACAUGUCACGGUGAUCACACUCUGUUUGUCAAAGAGACGGGUGAUCAAUUUCGUGUUGUCUUGGUGUAUGUUGACGACAUCUUAAUUGCUAGUACAGAUGCUGCAGCUGCUGGUCAUUUGCAAGAUCAGUUGAGUUCUCACUUUCAGUUAAGGGAUCUUGGUCCUCCGAAGUUCUUCCUUGGUAUUGAAAUUGCUAGAAGUGAUGCAUGUAUUACUCUUACUCAGAGGAAGUACGUUCUUGAUCUCUUGGAAGAAACUGGUUUCUCGGACUGCAAACCUUCCCCUAUUUCGAUGAAGCCUGAUCGGCAUAUGUCAUUAACAGGAUUGUUUAAGAAGAAAUCUAAGGUGGUACUCGAGGAGAUUGAACCAACUUUUGACUCUCUCGAUACUUCACCAACUCCUAUACUUUUGUCUACUGUUGAAAGUGCACUUCUUCCUGAUGCUAAGCAAUAUAGGAGAUUGAUUGACUGGGGUGCUUGUCCCGACAGUAAAAUGUCGGUGACAGGUUUUGCGAUCUUUCUUGGUCAAUCAUUGACAUCUUGGAAAUCUAAGAAACAACAGAUGGUCUCGAUGAGCUCUGCAGAAUCUGAAUAUAGAGCGAUAAGCAAAGCUACCAAGGAGUUGAUCUGGUUUACAUACAUUUUGAAGGCAUUGUUGAUUCCUUUCUCUUAUCCAACCUAUUUGUAUGGUGACAACACAACAGCUCUUCACAUUUCUAGUCAUUUUGUUAAUCAUGAACGUACUAAACACAUAGAGAUGGAUUGUCAUAAGGUCCGAGAGGUGAUCGAAGAUGGCGUUCUCAAGACUAUGUUUGUGCGGACAGACAAUCAGUUGGCUGAUAUUUUAACAAAGCCUCUUCAUCCAGCUCCUUUCAGAGACAAUAUUCGCAAGAUGGGAAGUCAUUGGUCCUCCACUUUGAGAAGUGUAGGGUUUGAUCUGAGAGAGAUGAUCUUCUUGGGGAUCAUGGGGAAUGGGACAUUGCCUACUGGUUAUGCAGAGGUGUAUGCUCAUGAUGUAUGUCAAAAUGGAACAAGUUGGAGGGAAUUGGAGAACACUGAGUGGGGUAACCCUGUUUGCUGUGGCAUUUUGGGCAUGGUGAGGUUUCUUAAGGAGCUGGCUAGAGAUGUGUCACUCGCACACUAA